AACCUCUCUGUUAUUCAAUCUGAUUCAGUCAUGGUGGCUCGUUCGGCGAGGUUAGCGCGUUGCGCUGACACCGUCGUCGACGUCCUCGGUAAUUGAUGACUGACAGUGUGCAGCCUACCUACAAGGAUGUUCAACUUCCUUAAGACGCGCGCGGUCUCGAUGCAGAAUGCACGCAUCGCGUCGACACGACCGGCCGGGACCCAGUGCCGGCUAUGCUCCUUCUGCAACUUUCAUCAUCUGAACCCACCCCGUGCAACAAGAUGUUCGUUGACUCGCUGUUAUUCAACGACCGAUACAGUGGAACUGCAAGCUCCCCUGCAAAAGAAGGUCAAACGUCGCUCGAAGAAGUAUGCAGAGUUACUGGAAGUAACAGAUCAGACAACCAACAACAGGAAAGCAGCAGUUCACAAGUUGAGCUCAGCUCAGGUGUCCCUCCUGGUUGGUCAACCUAAUAUUACACUGGACAAGCUGCAUAAGAUCCCUAAUUUUCGUCUUAAGAAGGAGUCAAUGACGACACAAAUCAAGGACACCCAUAAAAAAACUAGAGUGAAAAAGAAUUUGAUUUAUAUGGACGACAAGGUGGAUAAUACGCAUGGCGUCAUACUUAAGGAAUCCGACGAGCAAUUGGAUGACACAUCGGAAGUUGUGGAAAAUCUGAAAGAGUCCGGCAUGAGCGAUCAAACCGCUUUGAUUAAGGAUUCUUCCUUCCUGGAUAUGCUGCAGCAAAUCGACAAUAAUGAGGACAGUAUAAACAAAGAUAAAAAUCAGGACGAUACUGUGCAGACAUCUAAAUACAACAUGGUUUCAAAUCCGUAUGCUAUGAUUCCCUUCAUGAGUGAGGCCGAGCUUGAGACUCGACUUUCUGAUCACAAUCUGAUCUCUCAAUUAUUGGCGCAUAUGGACGUUUAUAUACAAAUCAAUAUGCCACAUAAAGCCUUCAAGAUGCUCACGUUGAAUAAAAAUCAUCUUAAACGCAGCAAAAUUUCCACCGCCCCACUUUAUAAUCUACUUCUGAAGGUUCACAUUUCCAACAUGCACGUGGAAAAAGCGUUCGAGAUCUACAGGAUAAUGAAGGUGGAUUCUGUCAAGCUAAACGUCCAGACGUAUGCUCUCAUGUUCGAGAUAAUCGGAAGAAUGAAAAAUCCGGAGAAACGCGCAGAGAGCGCGGCAGAAGUGAUGACGGAUAUGAAUCGCAGCGGCACCUCUUUCAAUGAAAUAAUGAAUGUGUCGCCAAUGAACACGACACAGCGCAAUACUAUUCUUCAGUGUAUAAGAUUAUUGGAUCCGAAGUACCAUGUACAGCACAGAAACGUCGACGUCGCGUAUAGCUGCAAUUUACUGCAGAAUCUGACGAUGAACAAGUAUCAAAGCCCAGCGAAAGGAGUAGUAACCAUGAACGAGUUGCAGAACAUGGCGCGUACACAGAUCGACCUAGAGAAGCAGUGUAGGGUGGAUGUGAAGAGUGUCGCAUUGUUCACCGGAGAUUCUGACGUUAGACAGCAGGCUAUCAAACGAAUCGCGGAAUGGGAAGAGAGCUGGAAGUCGUCUGUAGCUCAGGCUUUUGAGAGAAACUUGACUUACUUGAAGCAGAAAGAGACAAAGAUGAAGACUGAUUUCAAGAUCUUGUAUCCCUUUCUGCAGGUGUUGCCCAAGGAGGAAUACAUAAACGCAAUUCUGAAUGAGAUCAGCCAGCUGACCAAGUUCUCCGAGGGGUACAGCUACACCAUGACGCAUCUUUAUCUAACAUUGGGAACAUACAUUUACAAAAGAUACGAAUUUCAGCAAAAAAUGAAAGACGGUAUUAUAGAAAAUUCUAUCGAGGUCUACAAAAAGUAUUUAGAAUGGUACAUGCAGAAGGACUCCGAUGACAAGAUCGGUAACGGGCGUGUCAAGUGGCAGCAGCUCGUUCACGAGGCCGGAAAGUCUGGCAUUUGUUGCGAGAUGGCGGUGCCCGAGUGGUCCCGCAACACUCUGAUAAACGUUGGCAAGUUUUUGUACAAUAUCAUUGUAAACGACGUGAAGAUCCCGCACGUACCCAAGCCUGGUGCGCCCGAGCGGCAAAUACCUGCGUUCUAUCUCCUCUUCAGACUCCAUUCCAACAAGUUUUUGAUGGAGGAGAUUAAGCCUCAUCCUCACUUGCAUAGAUUCUACAAGGACUCGCAUUCGGAGACACUGUCCUUCGAGACGAUUUCCUUGCCGACAUUCUCUCCGCCGAGACCUUGGAUUGACAUAAACACCGGUGGUUAUCUGCUCUCCAAGGUACCGUUUGUACGCGAUAUCUAUAUGAAACCGUCACGCUUGCUGAAAAACACGCCGACGAAACAGCUGUAUCCCGUGCUCGACUGCGUGAACCAGCUCGGUUCAAUCCCAUGGAGGAUCAAUGUGCCUAUAUUGGAUAUUCUGAUCCAGAUCUUCAGAGAGGGUGGCUCGAAGGAGCUGAAUGUACCUCAACCAUCUACGGUAGUCCCAUCUUCAUCGGAAGUGAUCUCGAAUGAGACGGAUAAGAAUAGCAGAGAGAUAGCGAAGCUGCUGCUCCAACUCAAGCGCACGAGAAACGAGAUGUACGCACUGUGGUGUGACUGCCUUUAUAAGUUAUCCCUCGCUAAUCAUUUCAGGGAUAAGGUAUUCUGGAUGCCACAUAAUCUGGAUUUUAGGGGCAGAGCAUAUCCGAUCCCGCCUCACCUAACUCAUCUCAGUUCGGAUCUGGGCCGCUCGAUUCUCAUGUUCGCCCAGGGCAAGCCGUUAGGUCCGGAGGGUUUGGACUGGCUGAAGAUUCACACGAUAAACAUGACUGGUCUGAAGAAGAGGGAGCCGAUGCACAAACGGCUGGAAUUCGCGAACAAAAUAUUGGACUUGAUCGUGGACAGUGCGAGGAAUCCUCUGACGGGAGAGAUGUGGUGGGCUAAGGCCGACGAGCCAUGGCAAACUCUGGCAGCAUGUAAAGAGAUAGAUAACGCUCUGCAGGCCCCGAACCCGGAAAAGUACAUCUGCCGGCUUCCCAUCCAUCAGGAUGGCAGUUGCAACGGUUUGCAGCAUUACGCUGCACUCGGGAGGGAUCUGAUAGGAGCGAAAAGCGUGAAUCUGUAUCCCUCGGACAGACCGCAGGACGUGUACAGCGUCGUCGCCAACAUGGUCGACGAGUACAGGAAGAUCGAUGCGGAGGCUGGCAACAAGAUAGCCAGAGCCCUGGAGGGACACGUCAGCAGGAAAGUCAUGAAGCAGACCGUGAUGACCACGGUGUACGGCGUAACAAAGUUCGGUGCCAGGCUGCAGAUUGCCAGGCAGCUCAGCGACUUGAAGGAUUUUGAUCAGAAGUAUGUUUGGAGUGGCAGCAUGUACUUGGUUGAGAAGACGUUUAUGUCCCUCCAGAGCAUGUUCGAGAGCGCGAAAGAGAUACAGAAUUGGUUUACGGAUUGCGCCCGUGUUAUUACGAUCAGGUGCAACCAGUAUAUACAAUGGGUAACACCACUGGGCCUUCCAGUCAUACAACCCUACUCUAAACACAGCAAGACGAUUAAUCCAAAAAUUAAAGUAUUCAGAAAGCUGGACACUGUGAAACAGAAGAAUGCCUUCGCGCCAAAUUUCAUCCACUCGUUGGAUUCUUGUCACAUGAUGUUGACGAGCUUAUACUCGGAACAGGCAGGAAUCACGUUCAUGUCGGUGCACGAUUGUUACUGGACACAUCCAUGUACAGUGGAUAUUAUGAACAGAAUUUGUCGGGAGGAAUUCAUCGCGCUUCACAGCGAGCCCAUUCUCGAGGAUUUGUCCGAAUUCUUUUCUAAAAAAUACACGAAAUACUAUACGAGUGAUGGACGACUUAUACCGAUAAAAAACAACGAUAUCGCACUGGAAAUUUUCAAGCAGGUGCCAAAGAAGGGUAACUUUGACAUCAACACAAUCCUAUCGUCUCGAUAUUUCUUUAGUUGAACAUCUUGUAUUUAUUACGAAAAACAUACUAUUUAUGCGAAUAUAAAACACUGUAAAGUUUUAACAUGGAUUGGCUUUUAUAUGCGUUGUACGAACUACCCAAUGUAAUAUACAUUAGAAUAUGUAUAUAAAAUAGAUUCUAAGAUAAUAUGUAAAUAGCUUGUUAGGACAAUAAAUUAUCAAAACCUCAA